AUGGAGAAACUGAACGAAAUCUGCAACUACUCGAAGGGAGAUGCUGCGAAUCAAGAAAUGGAAAGGCUGCCUCCGUUAUUCGAAGAAGAUGAUUCGAGUGAUCGGUUUUCAUCUUCAAAAGUAUAUGAUCAUCAGUUGGAUGCCUUGUUUCAAGAUACCACACCACCAUUAUGCUCAUAUGAGCAUAAGAUGCAGGAACUCGAAGCCAUCGAGUCUCAAUAUUUCAAGCUUAUUAAACCACCAGCACGAAGUCAGGGCGGCAUGGCUAGCUCUGAAGUGAGUGAUCAGCGUAAGUUAUCAACCGAUGAAGUUAUUCGGUUAGGUGGAGAACGGUUCAUAAAAUCGCGUUCAUUGAAUUCUACAAAAGGUAUGUUGGAGUCGACCCACCCAUAUGCGGGUUCGUUCAUGGGCCUUUUGGGUCAAGAGCUCAAAGAUGUCCAACUCAUCGAAAAUCUGUUGCUUUCCUCGGAGAAAGUCGCCCAACAACAGUUUGAUCGAUCACGUAAGCUUCUUGACUGGUGUGAUGCGUUGUCAUCUAGCUCGGGAAACCCGAUUCAAAGAAUCGUGUAUUAUUUUUCAAAAGCGUUACGAGAGAAAAUCGAUAGAGAAACCGGGAGAAUUAGCUCGUUCACCGGGUCAGGAAAGAAAAAUGAACAUGACACGCAAGGGAGAAUAAUGAACACUACUAUGACUCGACUUUCUAUAUAUCAAAAGUUACCGUUUUAUCAAGUGGGUCAUUUUUCGGCCGUGCAGGCUUUGGUGGACCGGGUAUCCAAAGCGAAAAGAGUGCAUGUAGUCGAGCUCGCGAUUAGACAAGGCGUACAUACUAUGAUUCUUAUGCAAGCUCUGGCAUCUCAACCCGAGCCUAUCAAGCAUCUUAAAAUAACCGCGGUUGGGACUGGUUUCGAAAAGCAAAUCCAGCAAACCGGUGGACAUUUGAAGAGUUUUGCAGAAUCUAUAAAUUUAUCUUUUUCAUAUAAUGUGGUUAUAGUUGAAGAUAUGCUAGAAUUUAACAUAGAUCUACUUGAGUUGAAUCCAAGAGAAGCCUUGGGGGUUUUCUCAAUGUAUGGUUUAUGGAGCAUGAUCGGGCAACAAGACCGUUUAGAAUCGUUAAUGAAGGUUUUAAAGAGCAUUAAACCUCGUGUUAUGGUGAUGUGCGAAGUUGCAACGAAUCUUAACUCACCCAACUUUGUGAAUCGUUUGAUCGAAGCACUGUUCCACUAUGGGGCGGUGUUUGAUUCUUUAGAAGAUUGUAUGGAUGGGGAAGAUGAACACCGUGGCAUUACUGAAUCUAUGUAUCUAGGUGAAGGGAUAAGAAGCAUUGUGGCAGCCGAAGGAGCAGAAAGAGCGGUUAGGCAUGUGAAUCUCAAUGUUUGGAGGAAGUUUUUUGCGCGAUUUGGGAUGAAGGAGAUUGGAUUUAGUGCGUCUUCUUUAUAUCAAGCAAAGUUGGUGGCGGGAAAAUUUCCGUGUGGAAGUUGUUGCACGUUUGAUAUGGACGGUAAAUCCAUCAAAAUCGGGUGGAAAGGAACACCGAUCGAAUGCCUUUCGGCUUGGAAAUUCUCGUGA